AUGUCGGCAUCACACAAACCGAUCCCAGCACUAUACACCGUCUACGUCCUGCGGUCAACCGUCCGGCAUUCCUCUUAUUACGUCGGCUCCACGCCGAACCCGCCACGCCGACUGAACCAGCACAAUGGGCUAGUCAAGGGCGGUGCGGCCCGCACUUCCCGUGCCAGCCUGAGGCCAUGGGAAAUGGUUACGCUAGUAUCAGGUUUCCCGAGUAUGGUGGCGGCUCUGAAAUUCGAAUGGGCACUCACCAACCCACACAUCUCGACGCAUAUCCCCUCAUCCUCGCGGCUCGCCGGCCCCACGGUCCGCCGCACCAAGUCCAAACGCCGACGGACCGGUCGCCCCUCCAAGUCGAUCGAUUCGAUCGUCUCGAAUUUGCACCUGCUGUUAUGUGUGCCUAGCUUUGCCCGGUGGCCCUUACGAGUACACUUUUUCAACAAACCCUUUUUCGCGGCGUGGGAACAGUGGUGCGCUGAGGUGAGCGGUGAUGAGCAACGAGAGUUGAGGGUUGUGACAGAUUUUGGGGAGGGAAUGGUUAACGGGGGGAUAACUGGUGGUGGUAGUGUGAGAGGGGAUGAUGCCGGCUCAGUUGGGGAUGGCGGGAUGACAGAGGGUGAAGAGCAAGAACGGGCGCCGGCUCCCUGGGGAAUACAUGCCCUGCCUUUGGACUACAAACCGAUGAAGGAAUAUGUCGCCAAGGGGCGGGAUAUCUUCGAAUUUGAACGUCAGGGCCGCUGUGUUGUCUGUCACGAGGAGAUGAAGACGGGCGAGGGGCUACAGGCGCUUUGCACGAACGAGGGUUGUGACGGAGUUGGGCAUAUUACCUGCUGGGGUAGACACUUUCUUCGGACUUCUGGCGAGACGGAUGAGGUCGUGCCGAUCCAGGGACGGUGCCCGAAGUGUAAAGGCGAGGUGCAGUGGGGCGAGAUGAUGCGGGAGUUGACGUUAAGGCUGAGAGGUGGGGAGGAGGUUGAGAAGCUGCUGAAGGAGAAGAAGAAGCGGACGACAAGGCAGGCCGCAAAGAAGGCCGCAAAGAAUUGA